AUGGAAAGGAAGCAAGACACCGGAGACCAGAAAAACAUAACAUCUAAGUCUGGACAGAGCGUCACUCUGCCAUGUCGAGCUCCAAACAAGGACAUCCGCAAUAUUGUUUUAGAGUGGAGCAGAGCUGACCUGGGAGACGAAUAUGUCCUAACGUACGAGACGAGCAACCACAAAAACAUAACAUCUAAGUCUGGACAGAACGUCACUCUGCCAUGUCGAGCUCCAAACAAGGACAUCCGCAUCAUUGUUUUAGAGUGGAGCAGAGCUGACCUGGGAGAAGAAUAUGUCCUUGUGUACCGGGAUGAGCAGUUUGAUCCAGAUUACCAGCAUCCAUCUUUUGUGAACCGGGUGGAUCUGCAGGACAAACAGAUGAAGGAUGGAGACGUGUCUUUGAUUCUGAAGGAUGUGACGAUUAAUGAUGCUGGAACAUACGAGUGUCGUGUUGCCCAGAGACAAACAAGGGAAGAAACAGCCAAUUUGAAGCUCGUCUGCAACAUCAGCCUGAGUGUUGAUCCUCCAGACCAGAAAAACAUAACAUCUAAGUCUGGACAGAGCGUCACUCUGCCAUGUCGAGCUCCAAACAAGGACAUCCACAUCAUUGUUUUAGAGUGGAGCAGAGCUGACCUGGGAGAAGAAUAUGUCCUUGUGUACCGAGACGAGCAGUUUGAUCCAGAUUACCAGCAUCCAUCUUUUAAGGACCGGUUGGAUCUGCAGGACAGACAGAUGAAGGAUGGAGACGUGUCUUUGAUUCUGAAGGAUGUGACGAUUAAUGACACUGGAACAUACGAAUGUCGUGUCUUCAGUGGAGAGACAAGAUCAUGGGAGAGCAUCAACACCAUUAAAAGUUUAGCUGAGGACAGAGCAGAGUUUCCAGACAUCAGCAGUAUGCCCAUGAACAGCGACAGUUCUCGAGAUUAUCCUCCAGCCUUCAGUCAUGAACCUGGAUCCUCAGGCACAAAGUAA